AUGGACUCGCCCAUGGCGGCGGCCACGGGGCGGCAGAGAUCAUCUGCUGUUAAGAUGGUGCUGGCGGCGCUCUUUGUCGCGGUCUGCAUGUUCGUGCUCCAAUCUAGAGAUUCCACUCCCAUGCAGGUGGGGCGCUGCAGGCUCGCGUUUUUCUCAGAAUGCGUCGAGCUGAUCGCGAGAUUCGCGUCCGAUCCUGUGCUGAAUCCUCACCGUCUCGUACCCGCACCCCUCUCCCCAUUCACUCCUCGCUCGCUACGUCCAACUUUCCGCGUGCGCGAGGCGGGGGUGACGCACGUGCUGGUGACGGGCGGCGCGGGCUUUAUCGGCUCGCACGCGUCGCUGCACCUCCUCACGUCCGGCCACCGCGUCACCAUUGUCGACAACCUAUCGCGGGGCAACUGGGGCGCGGUGCAGGUGCUGCAGCGCAUAGCGCCGGAGGGGCGGCUGCAGUUCAUCAAUGCGGACCUGGGGGACCCGCGCAAGGUGGAGGCGGUGUUUGCGAGCAACGCCAUCGACGUGGUGAUGCACUUCGCUGCCGUCGCUUAUGUGGGCGAGAGCAUGCAGGAGCCGCUGAGGUACUACCACAACGUGACGGCCAACACACUGACGCUGGUGGAGGCCAUGGGGCGGCACGGCGUGACUCAGCUCAUCUACAGCAGCACGUGCGCCACGUAUGGCGAACCCAAGACCAUGCCCAUCACUGAGGACACUGUGCAGGCGCCCAUAAACCCGUACGGCAAGUCAAAGAAGAUGGCGGAGGACGUCAUCCUCGACUACGCGCGCGCCAACCCCCGCCUCGCCGCCACCAUCCUCAGGUACUUCAACGUGAUCGGGUCGGACCCCAGUGGGCGGCUGGGGGAGGCGCCUCGCCCGGAGCUGAGGCACCACGGGCGCAUCACAGGGGCGUGCUUCGAUGCCGCCAUGGGCAAGAUCGAUGGACUCAAGGUGAUGGGCACGGACUACCCCACAGCGGACGGCACGUGCAUCCGCGACUACAUCCAUGUCACGGACCUCGUGAACGCACACGUGGUGGCCAUGCACCACCUCACACCCGGCACUGUUAACAUCUACAACGUCGGCACCGGCAAAGGGUACUCGGUGCGCGAGUUUGUGAACGCGUGUCUGAACGUGACAGGCGCGCCCAUAAAGGUGAUGGAGCAGAAGGCGCGGCGCCCGGGGGACUACGCGGAGGUGUACAGCGACCCCUCUAGGAUCUACCGCGAGCUGGGCUGGAAGGCCAAGUACACGGACCUCAAGGACUCCCUCGCCAUGGCCUGGCGCUGGCGCCGCCUGCACCCCGAUGGCUACUGA